AUGAACAAUCAUAUUGAUCCUCCACGCGGGAUUUUUACGUUACCUACACCUGCUAAUCCUACCGAUCCCUUUUGGGACGUUAUCAAAUAUAAUGGACAUUUCACACUUCAACGAACAAAGGCAGCCUCAAGCAAUACUUUCUUUAGAGGUGUUAUUGGCACCAUACAAAAUGUCUUAGACACGAAACAAUCUCCUUUUCGCAUACUCUUUAGAUCUGAUAUAAAUCAAAGCUCUCUCCAGAUUGCUGUUUCACAGACCGAAAAAGGUAUCGAAGAUGCCUGGAAAUGGGUCGAAGAAAGUUUUAAUGAAGGAUUGUCGAAACUCGACGUUCCUUCGGAGAAAGAAAAUUUUGUGGUGACAAAGAUCAACUCCCUGGUUACUGGACAAGAUAAAGGAACUGAUGAAGUUUCCGAGGAUGAAAGUGUUCGAUCUGCGUCUAGAGCUUUCCGACAAACGUUUGACGUAGCACAUACAGAGAGAUUGGUCAAUUUCUACUCUUGCGCAUAUCGUGGUAUAAGUCAGGGGUGGAUGUAUAUCAGUGAGAACUAUGUAUGUUUCUAUUCCUUCGUAUUGGGAAUAGAGACUAAAUUAUUUAUAGAGUUGAAGGACAUCCAAAAUUUGUUCAAGGAGAAAUCGAAACGCGGAAUGAUAUCUGAUUCCAUAAAGAUUAUAACGAAGGAUAACCAAGAGCAUUUUUUCUCAAAUCUUUUUCAUCGCGACGAGACAUACGACCUUUUGGUCCAAUUGACCACCCUAGCUAUGCAAAGGUUGUUGAAAAAUGCUGCCAUUGAUGCUGCUCCGGGGACGCUGUAUGACUUUGAACAGGAUUUGAGUCCAAGGACAGACGUGUCUUCGAGUCAGGAACCCCCAAUGUCCCCUAUGGUUCCCCCCCUGAAAAAAGGACUUGAGGAACAAAAACGAGAUAGAAAGUUUCAAAUAUUUUUUAACCUGCCGACGACGGAACACCUGAUGCAAGAAUGCAUCUGCGACUUUUCCAUGCCUGAUACUGAAGCUCAGAAUGGUAAACUUCAACUUUCGGAAGGUUACCUCACUUUUGUAUCAACAGACGGAAGAAGCUGUAGUCUAGUGGUACCAUUAUACACUGUUCGCAGAGUGGAGCGUCUUAAUAGUAAAACACAUGCACUUGCUCUUUCAAUUUUAAAUUGGCACCAAAUGAAACUGUUAUUUCACAUCAAUGGAACAAAAGCUUCUUGUGAAAAGUUUUGCAAUAUUCUUAAGGAAAAUCUAAAAUCUCAAGUUCGUCACAUGAAACAUCUACGGCCUUUCUUGGGGACAUGUUCUUCUGAAGUCCUGUUAUUGGAUCCAAAAAAAGAGCUUGCCGUAGGCGGUUUAGGCCUAAUUUUUGAUUUUCCCGGCGACGCUAAAAAAUUAAGAGAUAAAUAUAAAACCAAACUUUGGGUCGAAUAUAUCAAGACAAAUGGUCGAAAUUUGACGCUCAUAAAAUAUCCCUACUUUUAUAAGCUCGUUCGCAUCGGACUACCAAAUAAGCUACGUGGUGAAAUGUGGGAUCUUUGCUCCGGUGCAAUGUACUUAAGAUUUGUAAAUGAAGGACUAUACGAUAAAUUGCACAAAGAAAAUGCUGGUAAGGUGUCUCUCUCUACAGAAGAAAUUGAAAAGGAUUUAAACAGAUCUCUUCCCGAGUAUCCCGCAUAUCAAACACCAGAAGGUAUAGACACCUUGAGACGUGUCCUGACCGCUUAUUCUUGGAAGGACCCUGAGUUAGGCUAUUGUCAGGCAAUGAACAUAGUUGCAUCUGCCAUCUUAAUAUAUAUGAGCGAGGAGCAGGCCUUCUGGACUUUGAGUGUGCUAUGUGAUCGGAUGUUACCCGGUUAUUACAGUACUUCUAUGUAUGGCGCGAUAUUAGAUCAAAUAAUAUUUGAAUACUAUGUUCAACAGAAAAUGCCGUUGCUCUAUGAACAUUUUCAGAAUGUCGAUGUUCAAUUUGCUAGACUGUUUUUUCAUGGAAGGACCGAGAGUUUUAUUUCAAAUUGGAGUUUAACAUCAUUCUCCAUCUACAGAUUAGCUAUCCUAAAGGUUAAUGGAAAUGAGCUUAUGGAGAUUAACGACGAUGGUGCAUUUAUAAAUGUUUUAAAGAAUUACUUUUCAUCAUUGGAUAAGCCUGCACACCCCAACAAUAAAAACCCAAAGUACCGAGAAAUAACUAAAUUUAACGAACUCAUGGUUGUGGCCUUCAAAGAAUUCGAAAGUAUCACCACCGAAAGCGUCAUCGAGUUAAGAAAGACUCACCAGCUUAAAGUAGUUCACAACAUUGAGAGUUUUACAAAGAGAAGUCAAAUACGCAAUCUUCGUGAUACCUCAAAGUUUUCCAAGAAUGAUAUUUCCGUGAUAUAUGAUAAAUAUUAUAAUGCUCAAUUUUAUGGCAAACAGCGCAGUGUUAGAAAUGAUUCUCGAAUGGACUUGAAUACUUUUUAUCGGUUUAUCGGUAGUAUCGCAAAUUGGGCUAAAAUAGAUGAUGAAUUGAAUAAGCACGACGGCUCACUGCGUGAUAAUCAAGGACGUAGGCUUGUGGGAUAUGAAUUUAUUGAAAAACUAUUUAAUCGCUUUGACAAAUCCUCUUCCGGUGGGUUAAGCUUGCAAGACGUUGUACUCGGACUUGGCGAAAUUGUCUUCGGGGACAUAAUGUCCAGGAUGGACCUUUUUUUCAAUCUACACGAUGGAGAUAAAGACGGUUUCCUAAAGAAAGAGGAAAUAUUGCAAAUGUCGGAAAGCUUUUUAUUUAUCUUUCGAUUUCGACAAGACGAUGGGCACCUCAGCUCCGUGUCAAAUUUCAUUAAGAAUGCUUUCGAAUUCAGCGAUCUCUCUGGUGAGGUGGUAAACAAUGAAAAGAAUAUUGAUUCACAGAAACAUACUUCAAUAAAUGAGUCUGAGGCUCAUCAUCGGGUGUCGCUUUCCACAUUUCGAAUGAUUGUUCUGGCUAACUCAUAUCUCGAGAAGUUUUUCGACAGUGAUUUUGCCUCGACAUUCCAAUUUGUCGAGCCACCUGAAGAAAGACACAAAGGACUUGGACGUGAAAUAUUUAAUACACUUAUGUCGGACGGAAUGAAAUUGGCAACUAGAUUUGGAAAGCGAUUAAAUGAGCACCGAAAAUCCCAGAGUUUUCAUUCGUCAGACAGUCGAAGGAAAUCGAAAAGUUCCGAUUCAAUAUCGAAUAGUACGAACAGUAAUAAUCAAGUCGAUAAAACAAAGAACGAUGAAAACAUUUUAAAUGUUGAUGUUGCGAGUGCAGACAAUGAUGAAAUUCCUAAUAAUCCAAGAUCAAGUUCAACUUCGUCUAAACGCCACGGCGAAAGAUCGUCCCGAAGGCGUUCGAAUGCUUCCGAAAAAUCGGAACUUCACACCGUAAGAAGCGGCUCACCCGAAUCAUUCUUAUCUUCGGAGUCGAUUGGAUCUUCACUCAAAGUUCCGAGGAGCAUUUCACCGUAUUCAUUUAUAUCGGGUGAAGAGGAAGAUGGACUUUUAGAGGAGGUGGAUAGGCUUUUAGAUGAGUAUAGUAUUGAAGAAUCUGAUUCACUUCAAUCAAACGGCCGCGCAAAAGCAAGUGAAGACCCUAUUGACUUAAUGGCUGAAGAUGACGUGGAUAAAUUACUUCAAGACAUGCAAAUGACCAAUUAA